AUGGAGCAUCCGCCGGGAACGUCUCCUUCUCAAGAUAAAGCACAAAUGGCGAGUAGGAGGAAAGAGGAGCGGGCAGGCGAACGGACGGACCGAAGAUGGAGCAGGACGUCGCAGCUGCCCUCGUCACAGUCUGGAGAUGGGAAAAUGGCCGCGCAGCUGAGGCGGGACUCAGGGAUGCUGCUGCUGGAGGCGCUGUCCCAGCCCUCCGGUCAAAGACCUGUUUGUUUAAAACUUCCCCCAGAGACCCGGCUGCUCUGUGCUCAGUGGAGCUCACCUGUUGGUACCAUGAUGCAACGCGCCUUGUUCCGCCGCAGCGCGCGGCUCGCGCAGUGCGCUUCAGCGCUGGAAGUGUCUCUGGGACAGUCUCUGGUCCAGGAGCGCCCCAUGUCUUCUGUCACUAUACCGCCUCCAGCCUGUAUGCUCCGGCCCCUUGAAGCGCCCCUGCGCCACCUCUUUGGACCAGGACCUUCGAACGUCCCCCCGAGAAUUUUAGCUGCAGGUGGAAGACCCAUCAUCGGUCACUUGCACCCAGAAAUGUAUGAGAUUAUGAACGACAUUAAGAAGGGGAUACAGUAUGUGUUCCAGACACAAAACAAUAUGACCAUAGCCAUGAGUGGCUCCGGACACGCAGCGAUGGAGUGCGCAGUGUUCAACACCGUGGAGCCGGGGGAGAGUGUAGUUGUUGCCGUUAACGGGAUUUGGGGAGAGCGCGUGGCUGAAAUAGCAGAAAGAAUGGGUGCCAAUGUUCACAGAAUGGAAAAGUCUCCUGGAGGAUAUUUCUCCAAUAAAGAAAUAGAACAGGUCAUUGAGAAACACAAGCCAGUGUUGUUUUUUCUCACACAUGGGGAAUCGUCAGCUGGACUCUGUCAUCCAGUAGAUGGAAUUGGUGAUAUCUGUCAAAAACAUAACUGCCUCUUCCUUGUGGAUACAGUCGCUUCACUGGGAGCGACUCCUAUUUUUAUGGACCAGCAAAAAAUUGACAUACUGUACACUGGUUCGCAAAAGGCACUGAAUGCACCUCCAGGAACAGCACCAAUUUCCUUUAAUGAAAGAGCAUGCCAGAAGAUGUUUAACAGGAAAACCAAACCUGUGUCAUACCUCUUUGACAUGACACAUUUAUCUAAUUAUUGGGGCUGUGAUAGAAAACCUGCCCGUGUAUAUCACCACACCGGCCCAGUGUCUGGCUUUUUUGCACUAAGAGAGAGUCUGGCCAUUGUGGCUGAAAAGGGACUGGAGGCUUCAUGGAGGAAACACAAAGAAGUGGCAUCUUAUCUUUACAGGGGCCUGGAAGAUUUGGGUCUCAAGCUCUUUAUUCCGGACAGAGACUUAAGGCUUCCUUCAGUUACAACAAUUGCUAUUCCUGAAGGCUAUGACUGGAGGGAGAUGCUGAUGUACAUCAUGAAAAACCACCAGAUGGAGAUGACUGGAGGUCUCGGGCCAUCUAUUGGCAUGGUGAUGCGCAUUGGAUUAAUGGGAUACAACUGUGAGAUACAUAAGGCUGACAUGGCACUGGCCGCCCUAGCGGACGCUUUAAAGAACUGCAAAAAGAGCAAGGCCUGA